AUGGUGGGUGUACCACACAGUACAGGAUGUGCUCUCUGUCGCGAAAGACACAUCAAGUGCGACGAGGCGGUCCCCGCAUGCACCCAAUGCCUGCGAUACGGCCGUACCUGUCCAGGAUACCGGCGUACCUUCAGAUUUCAAGAUGAAGGCCCCAGUCUCGCACGAAGAAAUCGCUCUGUGUCUCGUAGACGAGCCCGUGGGCAGAAUUCAGCUCCCACAACUACCCCCGCCUGGACAGCUGCAGGUGCUCCACCUGCACAGCAGAUCGAGGCGCUCGGACCUAUUGAGCGCUCGGAUGGACGAGGCACCGGCGUUGCGACGGUCGUGCGUGAUGAUGCGAUUGCCUUGAUGCGCCGGCAUUCGGCACCAAUUUCGCUGGACGAAAAUGUCUCGCCGUCCCUGGUGCGGAAGACGUUCAAAGCCGCACAGCCACAGCUGUUCCUAGAUUUCAUCAGUGCAUCGUUCCCCACUUUGUACUUCCACAACCGGUUCCGCGCUGGCGGGAGUCCGGGCUUUGCAGAGCAUAUUACUAUGAAUUUUGGGAAGGAUGCGUAUCUUGAUUCGGCGGUUUGCUGUUUGAGUUCUGUUUAUUUGGCGCAUCUCACACAGGACCCAGCUCUUCUUCGGACUAGUCGAAGAAUGUAUGGUCUUUCUCUGGGUGAGAUUGUUCUUGCACUUUCAAUUGGUGAUUUGGGCAUGUCUGAUAAUAUGCUCUGUACUUGUAUGAUGUUGAGUGUCUACGAGAUGUAUGCCCAGACUACCCCGGACGCCUGGGUUGUGCAUUCUGAUGCAGUGAGAAGGCUCAUGGAGAGCCGCGGCCCCAGUCAGCUCACAGUAGGGGUAGCAAGAUCGUGCUGGAUUGCCUUUAGAGGCUUCCAUGUUGCGACAGCUAUCAGCCAGGGAAGACCUUGUUUUCUGGACCAGGAAGAAUGGCAGGAUUUCACUACUAAGCUUAUGACCGAGGACUCUACAAAGCCAGGAGAAUGGGCAGCUUAUGCACUUAUCUCGGAUAAGGCCUUCAUGGAGAUAGCCAAGUGCCCACGGUAUAUCAGCGAAGCUAGAGAUAUUCUCUCCAGCUCCACCGAGUCGGUCCAAACCGCUGAAAGUCUACUGCAGCGUAUUGAGGUUACCAAUCGCCGACUGCACAGCUUAUGUUCCGAGUUGCGCAUCUGUAUCAGUGCUCAUACUCAGCGCCAACAAGGCAUCACUCGACGUCCCGGUACAUUCGUCGGGCCUGUUCCGGAGAUCUUCCCAGAAACCGGUCCAUCACUGCUACUCUGCGGAGCAGAGAACAUGCAAGGCACUCUCCGUCAGUUGUGUGAUCGCCUAGAAGGCAAGCUGCGUUGUCGGGUCGUUGAGGAUUUCUCGCCUGGGUCAGGGACGGGCACGCUUAGCGAUGGCAGUGCAGAUACACCACCGCCGCAACCUGUCUGUCCUGAUACGAUGAAGCUGCCGUUCCGGGUAUAUUCUGAGCUUGGGCGGGGUCCAUCCCAAACCUCGGACCGCAAUGAUCCCCGUGCGGUGAUCUGGUUAGAUCGUGUCGCUUCGUCGAUGGGUGUCCUAGGAACGAAAAUAAUACCGGAGAGUGCAGGCCCUGAAUGCAAUGAUGGCGUGCCAGAGGAAUCGAUUUCUAGAUGA